CACCCACGCCGCAGCAGCAGCUCGCGUUCGCAAUCCAAUCCGCCGAACCCUCCCCGCCUCCUCGCGCCGCCCGUCCGCCGCCCCCGCUCCGAUGGCCCGCACGAAGCAGACGGCGCGCAAGUCGACCGGCGGCAAGGCGCCGAGGAAGCAGCUGGCCACCAAGGCCGCGCGCAAGUCGGCGCCGGCCACCGGCGGCGUGAAGAAGCCGCACCGCUUCCGCCCCGGCACCGUCGCGCUCCGGGAGAUCCGCAAGUACCAGAAGAGCACGGAGCUGCUCAUCCGGAAGCUCCCCUUCCAGCGCCUCGUCCGGGAGAUCGCGCAGGACUUCAAGACGGACCUCCGGUUCCAGUCCUCCGCCGUCGCCGCGCUGCAGGAGGCCGCGGAGGCGUACCUGGUGGGGCUCUUCGAGGACACCAACCUGUGCGCCAUCCACGCCAAGCGCGUCACCAUCAUGCCCAAGGACAUCCAGCUCGCGCGCCGCAUCAGGGGCGAGAGGGCCUGAGCGCCGAGCCUCUGCUGCUGCACUGUCGUCGUAGCGCUAGAAUUAGAUGGGGGGAUUUGUUUCUUGCCGUGCUUAUCUUGUAGUCAGAUUCUGGUCCGGUUGGACUUGCUGCAAUGGAACACGAUUGCUAGUUUCUUAAAUUUCAGGAUGGCUCUGUUCAUGGGAGAUUCGCUCUCCGUUCUAUGCCAACUGUUCUGUCAAAUUAACGUGCUGAUUCUGCCGGAAAAGAUUAGAUCCUCUGGAAUUGAAUUUA